AUGACAGAUGCACCAUUCAACUUGAAAAAUACUGCCGUCUUCAUUGCCUGGUUCUUGGUGGUGCUAUUUGCCACCAUUGGUGCGAUAAUACGAAAGAGACGGAGCCGAGGUCAAACGACGGUGUCACCCCUCGACUUGACACGAACGAAAAAAGAGAAGCGGUGUGAAGUUGCCCAGGAGAUACUCUUUCUCAAAGUAGAAGAGACCACUACAAAAUUCAAAAAAUUCAGGGCAACGACAACAAAAGAGGAGGAGGAGGAGGAGGAAAGCGACAUUGAAAAAGGACAAGGACAAUCAAGCGAAAAUGAUAAAGGUGAAACUGACUAUCGAGGCUACUUGAAUGCAUGUGCAAUUUGUUUAGAUGAGUUUCAAGAGGGUGAAAUGGUGGUCCGAUCCGUCGAGACAAAGGAAUGCCAACAUAUUUUUCACGAAGCCUGUAUGAAAGAGGUGAUUUCAGCUUUGACAAGAAAGAAGAUUGUGAACAUCCCUUGUCCCUGCUGUAGACAGUCCUUUGUGGAGAUCGACGAAAUCGCUCAUGCAUGA